CACGAACAUCACACUAAUGACAGUAUAGCUUCACCAGCAAGCGUUUAUAACCAAGGAAAUUAUGUGACAGCCAAUUAGACUUCCUGGGGAGGCGUAUAUACAAAUAUGUCGCAUAUCGAUAGCGCAGCGGCCGUCGAGUAUGAGAUCUCUUCCGAUGAUGGCAAUGCUCUGCAGGCGGACAAAUAUAUCCAAGGCGUCAUAAAUAUCUCUGAUGGAUCAGAAACUGAAGACGAAAACAACGCGCCAGCGACCGAUGCCAAGCAAGCACGCCUCAAAGGCAAGCGCAAAGUUGGGAAGAAAGUUGAGUGGUCGGACGACGAAUCCGAGAAUGCAUACGAGAAGUUCAAGAAUCGCGCAUCUACGAAACGAAAGAAGACUGCCGCAACGAGGAAGAAAGCGGCCUCUAGGCUGAAAAAUGCCGUUGUGGGACGCCGACAAGCGAAGCUGGAUGGCGGGGGAUCGAAACUGGCGGUAGUCGAAGAGGAUUCCGAUUUCGAUAUGAUGGAGGACUCGCUACCGGAGUAUUUGAAGACGCGACGCAAGCAGUUCGACGCAAACAAAGCGAAAAUGCGGAAAGCAGGACUUCAGUUAUCCCCGGAUUACGACGAUAUCGAGUUCUCAGAUGAUGGGAGGCUACUGAAGCUACAAGAACGCCCGGAUUUCUCGGCAGGUAUCAAAGCUUCAAGGGAAUAUAAGGACAUACAACUUCCUCAAUCGUCGGGAAUAAUCCCAGCUCCCAUUUCACAGUACCUCCGUGACUACCAAGUCCAAGGCGUCGCGUUUAUCCACGAGCUCUUCGUCUACCAGAAAGGCGGAAUCCUCGGCGACGACAUGGGAUUAGGCAAAACUGUUCAGGUAGCUGCCUUCCUCGCGGCUGCAUUCGGCAAAACCGGUGACGAGCGAGACUUCAAGCGGAUGCGCAAGAUGCGGCGGGCUAUGGACCGACGGUGGUAUCCUCGGGUGCUGAUCGUAUGUCCUGGUACCCUGAUUGAAAACUGGAAGCAAGAAUUGGGUCGCUGGGGUUAUUGGCAUGUCGACUCGUACCACGGAUCUGGAAAAGAAGAUGCAUUCCAAGCCGCCAAAGCAGGACGGUUGGAGAUUCUCAUCACUACCUAUACGACGUACAAGAUGAACAAAAGCCAGCUGAAUUUGAUCGAGUGGGAUUGUGUGGUCGCCGACGAAUGCCACAUCCUUAAAGAAAGGACAUCCGAAACCACGCAAGCUAUGAAUGAAGUCAACGCGUUAUGUCGGAUCGGUCUUACGGGCACAGCAAUACAAAAUAAAUACGAAGAGCUAUGGACGCUUCUCAACUGGACCAACCCUGGCCGAUUCGGUCCGCUCUCAACUUGGAAAUCCAGCAUCUGUCUCCCCCUCGCUGUUGGCCAAUCCCACGAUGCCAGCAUCCAACAGCUCAGCAUUGCGCGCAAGACGGCCAAGAAGCUUGUCGAGAACCUACUCCCGCAAUUUUUCCUCCGCCGCAUGAAAUCCCUCAUCGCACACCAGCUGCCCAAAAAAUCCGACCGUGUCGUCUUCUGCCCGCUCACCAGCGUCCAGCGCGAUGCCUACGAGCGCUUCCUCGAUGGCGACUUGGUCGAGCUUGUCAAGCACUCCGCGGACCCGUGCGAGUGCAUGUCUGGCAAGAAGAGGGGCUGGUGUUGCCAUGCCACGCUGCCAGGCUCUGGGAUUAAGUGGCAGGCUCUAGUGUUUCCUGUCAUUGCCACGCUGCAAAAGCUGUCGAACCACCUGGCACUGCUGAUUCCGUCGUCGACCGACCCACAGGAGAAACAAACGCGAGAUUUGGAUUUCCUGCAGGCUAUGGUGCCUGAUCGCUGGGAAGAUCUGUAUAAUCACCGAGACUCUAUCUUCAACCUGUCGAACCCGGAGUUCUGCGGUAAAUGGCGGGUGUUGAAGAGACUUCUGCGGUUUUGGCAUGGGAAUGGGGAUAAAGUGCUCGUGUUUAGCCAUUCGGUCAAGUUGCUCAAGAUGCUACAGCAUUUAUUUCACAACACGGCUUAUAACGUCUCCUUUCUCGAUGGUAGCCUCAGCUAUGAGGACCGCCAGAGAGUCGUUGAUGACUUCAACUCAGAUCCAGGACAGUUCGUGUUUCUCAUCUCUACAAAAGCUGGUGGGGUUGGGUUAAACAUCACGUCGGCAAACAAGGUCGUCAUCUUCGAUCCCAAUUGGAACCCAUCCUACGACCUACAAGCACAAGAUCGUGCCUACAGAAUUGGCCAGACCCGCGACGUCGAGGUGUUCCGCCUUAUCAGCGCCGGCACGGUGGAAGAGAUCGUCUAUGCUCGCCAGAUCUACAAGCAGCAACAAGCCAACAUUGGCUACAAUGCCUCACUGGAACGCCGCUACUUCAAGGGUGUGCAGAACCAAAAAGGCCAGAAGGGUGAGAUCUUCGGUCUCGCUAACCUCCUCUCCUUCCACUCCGACGAGGUCGUCCUCCGCGACAUUGUCAAUAAGACCAACGUUGCUGAGGCCAAGGCCGGGGUGGGUCUCAUUGACAUCGAUGUCAACGACGCGGAUGCCACUGCGGACGACGAUAUGCCCUUUGAUGAAACUGACAUGGGCGAAGAUGCCGCGAUGAGCCAGCUCGUGGACAAAAUCAUCAGCGACUUCGAUGCCGCCGACAACAAGCCUAAAUCCGCAGCCCGGAGGCCUAAACGGAAGGUCGACGCCAUCUCCGCCAUCCUGGCGAGCGCAGGUGUCGAAUAUACGCACGAGAAUUCGGAGGUGGUGGGUUCGAGCAAGGUCGAAGAGAGACUCAGUCGCCGCGCCGAGGCCGCAAUCCCCAACUCCCUCGCCGGGGAGAGGCGGCUCUUUGAAGACGACGAUGACCACAGCGGUCACCUCGACCGCUCUUUUUCAUCCGAUGGCCGCCCGUCCCGCAAAUACGUAUUCCGGCCCCCUCUCGAUGUUCUAAAGCGACAGUUCUGCACAAUGGCGCGCACGUUCGGGUUCGACAGUGCCACGUCGUUUGCGCUCGUGGUAGAGGGAUGGACAACUGAGCAGCGGCGGGGGAGCCUGGAGAGGUUCUAUCGCCUGCGGAGAGAGAAGAUGGAGGCGGAUGAGGAGGCAGAGAGAAUGAGAGAGCUGAUGGAGAGGGGCAGGAGGAUGAGGGAGGAGCGAGAGAAGGCGGAGAGAGAGAGGGUCUUGGAGCGAGUCGUCGAAGAUACAGAGGAUGGGGAGGAAGGUGCGACUAUGGAUGUCGAUUGGGAAGGUGCGCUCGACAAGAGGGAAGGCGCGACCAGAGACACCCAGAAGGCGUACUUGCAAAGCGAAAGGGAUAGAGCGAUCAACGAGGGUGAUAAGGCAAGCACGCGAAUGUUCAGGGAAGGUGCUUUUAAGGCAAUUGAUGAGGCAGGAACAGGAAGCGAGGCUCUCAAUCAGCCGACGUCGCACAAACAUGCGCGCAGUGCCCCUAGCGAGGUUGAUGAUAAGAUGCAAGGAAUGGGAAUAGGACCGGAGCCGCUAACGUCGAGCGAGGAUGAGGAUGAUCAACUGUAGGCGUGUAGUGUGUAUAUAAUAGUGGACAUGGGCGUUUCAAUGGCUGGGAUUGGGAUGUGGAGUUCGGAUGAUACCCCCCUGAUAUGUAAAGAAGGAAUUUGGGAUUUUAGUGAUUUAUGAUGGGGAUUUUCCGUUUCAGACACGAUAUAUGGAAGGUACGAUUUGGCUACUGAUUGUUUCGUUUCGCGACUUCAUUCGGCUUCGCAUGUCUUUUGCACGGCUUCAUCGGAUAUUAUAAGCUACUGUUUCGAGU